AUGUAUAAAGGCCAAAAAUUCUACAAUGGAAUCUCGUUCAAGGAGUGUGUCACCGACUAUGCACUGCUAACAGGUUCCAAUCUGAAGCAAUACAGGUAUGAUAGAGAUGCAAUCGGGUUUAAAUGUAUUGGUGCUAAGGGGAAAUGUGGGUGGCAAGUGUAUGCUGCAUCUCUCGGUGAUGAUCCUUUCUGGAGGAUUACAUUGUACAAGGAUAAACAUAUAUGUAUCCCUAAUGGAGAGUGUGCGAUGUUUUCGGUCCCAGUGAUAGCUAGGAUAUUUCUUGAUAAGAUUAGGGAAGAACCAGAGUAUUACAUGCCUGCCAAGAUGGAAAAGAUUGUAAUGGAGAAGUGGAAGAUAUCAGUUACAAGGCCUCAAUGUCAAGCUUCUAGGAGAAAGGCACUGGGAUGGAUCUCAUUGGAGUAUGAUACUCAGUUUGCACGUCUCCGAGAUUAUGGUGCCGAGAUUAUGGAAUCAAAUCCAGGAUCUGUGUGGAUAUUGAUACCAAAAACAUGGAAAGCUAGUUGUAGGCCACUAAUAGGAGUUGAUGGGUAUUUCUUAAAAGAAAAGAUUAAAGGGCAGUUAUUAGCGACAUUAGGCAGAGAUGCAGACAAUGCUAUUUAUCCAAUAGCAUGGAGCGUUGUUCAAGUCGAGAACACAGAUAAUUUGCAAUGGUUUGUGAAUAGGUUGAAGAUUGAUCUAGACUUAGGAGAUGGAGAUGGUUACAUUAUUAUGUCAUAUCGGCAAAAGGGUUUGAUAAAAGCUAUUGAGUUAGAGUUACCAAUGGUGGAGCAUCGAAAAUGUGUUAGGCACAUUUAUGGGAACCUGAAGAAGAUUCAUCCUAGUAAAAAGCUUUUGAAGAAACAUCUCUAG